AUGUCAUCAAAUCAAAAUCAACAAGCUGGCCAGCAAAUGAACAAUCAGCAACAACGACAACAACAAGGUCAAGAAAAGAAUUGUCAAAGUGCUAACUGUCAACAAAAUGAGCAAUGUUGCCAAGAUGGUAUUAAUCAACAACGACAACAAGAUCGCCAAGAUUUAAAUCGUCAACAAAAUAACCAAGGUUUAAAUGCACAACGACAACAACAAAAUCAACAAGCUGGUCAACAAAUGAACAGCCAGCAACAACAAGAUCGUCAAGGUUAUGACGCUCAACAAAAUACAAAUGCCCAUCAACAACAACAACAAGGUCAACAAAGUAAUUGUGCUCAACAAUUUAAACAAGCUGGUCAAAUUGAAAAUGCACAACAACAAAAUCAACAACAAUAUUCUCGACUCAUUCACUAA